AUGACGAACACCGAGAAUUCUCAAAUUCCUACCCGUAAUGGUACUGCUGCUGGUAUCAAUACUUCAACGAGGGGUACAACCCCUAUUUCGCAUCGUAGGUCAAUUUUGAUUGCCUUAUCUGUUAGAAAUAAGCUUGAUUUCAUCCAUGGCACUACUGAGAAGCCUCCUGAAGGAUCUCCCCUCAUUCGACAAUGGCAGGGUUGCAAUAACCUAGUUGUUGCUUGGCUGGCCAACUCUGUCACUAAGGAAAUACAUAGGUCUGUUGUAUACUUUAAGUUUGCUAAGGAUAUUUGGAGGGAAUUAGAAGCUAGGUAUGGUAAGGCUGAUGGUGCUAGGGUAUUUGAGUUGAAAAAAGUCUUGGCUCACAUUUCCCAAGGUUCUCUUGACAUUGCUUCUUAUUUUACCAAGAUAAAACAAUUGUGGGUUGAGUUAGCUUCAAUCUCUGUUCAUUCUGAGAAUAGGUGUAAUUGUAUUGGGGGUGCUAAAUCUGAGGAGGAACAAAAGGUCUAUCAGUUUCUCAUGGGUUUAAAUGAGGUUUAUGUCCAAGUGAGGAGUAACAUUCUUAUGAUUAAGUCUCUCCCUUCCAUGGACACUACUUAUAGCAUCCUUCUCAGUGAUGAAAAACAAAGACAUGUGUCUGCUAGUUCUGUUUUUCCCUCUGAAUCAGCCUCCUUCCAUGCCUCUUUCAACACUGGUGGAUCUAAGUUUGCUCCCAAAGUACAAUUUGAUCCUCAGAAGGCAUCUUUAUAUUGCAAAUAUGGCAAGAGGACUGGGCAUGUUAUUUUGAAAUGUCACAGGCUUUAUGGUUACCCUUCAAACUUUAAAUUCACUAAGGGUUCUAGUUCUAAUUCUGGUCCUAGCUUUGUAUCUUUCAAUGUGACCAUCUGCCUUGUACUUGACCUUAAAAACCCACUUACACCCUAUGGUUAA